CUCAAUAGCUGCGUUAUGACGACAUAACCCGGAAGACCACAGUUGUCUAAACAGGACAACAAAAAACGUGGAAUAUUACACUCGGAUAAAUUUAUGAGCGAGCAAAAAACAUCUCGUGGUUCGCCAUACUAAGUGGACAGCGCUUGCAGUUACGGAUAGACAACGUAUUGUCAGCAGGAGACCCACAAUUGGAGAAUGCAAUGGCGCAGAGCAUCCACAAAAUAAAUAGACAGCGAGCGGGGUCGUCCAGGCGAGACCCUGAAGUGGACACCGAGCCAUGGCAGUACUCUUGCAAGAGGACGAAAUUUGUGACGAGAGGGUGCAUUCAAGUGGCAGUGCAACCAGUAACUAGCUAGACAACUAGAUGGAGAUUCGCUCCUUUUGAAUAUUUGUUUAAAGCAAGCAAACAAAAAAAAGUGAUUGGUGGAUUUGAUUCUUCGGGAAGCUUGUAAUAUGCUCCAAUUCUCUCAUCGUCACAACAUUGUUGUUAUAUCUGGCUUUUAAAUUAUCCGAGUACAGUUACGAUUAAGUCUAAUUUCAUGGGUGUCGAACGCAAUCGCAAUAGUUUUUGUCACUCAUCGUUUUUAUUUUGAAAAAACUAUGAUCAUUUUCCGAGUAGUUUAGCCAUUCAUUUUUAAAUGAGCUUUUUUUGCCAGAGAACGUUUAAAUGUCCGAUAUUCAAAACAUCAGAGUUUGCGUCAAUGUUCACUAUCCUUGGUCCAUGGGGACACAAACUGCCGGUUAAUUCUUAAUUGGAUUUAAUUCAUGUUAAAUUAAAACUUGAUGUUAAGUUGAACUUGACAUCACUUAAUAUACAUACCAUUCUAUUAGAGAUAUACAAGUACAUGUAUUUCUGUCAUAUAUUUAAUUGAGGAAGGUAUUUUUUUUUUUUAAACAGUAAUUGCAUGACAUGAAAUAUACAGCUCCCAAAUAAAAGCCGGUAUUAGUAUUACUCAAAACAGCAUUCAGAAAGGACAGUCACCUAGACUGUGAUACAAACAAAUGGGGAUAAGAUUACAUAAAAUGAAAAUGAAUCAGUUGAACACUACUUUCUCCUUGCUGUAAUCUAAUGCGUAACUACCAUUUUGGCACACUGAUGCUGAAGGGGAAAAAAGCUUCACUUCACUAGCUCCUCGUGCAUGUGCGACCAAAUGCAAGCUUGUGAGUGACACUAUUUUGUGUCCGGUUCCUCCGGACUUUGGAUUACAGUUUAUGCCUUUUGCUAACAAUCGUUCCGUUGCAUGAACAGUGGUAUCGCCUCAGCGUGUUUAGGAGCAAGCUGCACGUGACCGCUGCCCGGGGAUCAGCGACUCACAGUUCUGGAGCGGUAAGGUAAUCCGCCCAACAGACAGUCGUGGGGAUGUGAUCGUCGCGUGCAUCAUGUCUGUAAAAUAUUUCAGUUUUAGACUGACGGAAAGCAAAGGUGUGACAGAUUCACAAACUCAAUGACAGGAGGCGGUGGCGGCGGCGGGUGGUAUUCAUGCCUCUGCUGCUUACGCGACGCGUGCGGUGGGUGCCCGGCGUAAGCUUGAAAUGGUAUGAACAGCUCACGGUUAAGUGGUUUAUGCAAAUCUAAUGUCAGAGACAGACCACGUGAUCAUUUUGUCAAUAUUACAUAGUAUGGCAAUAUUUACAACAGGGAAAACAUAUAAAUCAUUUAUGUUUCAACGUAUACAGACCUGAAAUAUUAAGCAAUCAGGCCUAUAUAAUUAAGUGUGCAAACGCUUUAAUUGGCUUUUGGUUGAAAUAUUGUUGCAUGAAGCACAUUUGUAAUUGAGUCCUUCUUUGACGGUGGUUUAUGGGAGGUUUAAACUGGAUAAAACAGUGGAAGAAAUCUAAAUAAAUGUGAAAUUUGGAAUUAUAAGCAGUACAUGAGAAUCUGUUCUAUUUUGAGAAGACUAUGAAACAAAAUAAAUGAAUUAUCUAUCUCUGAUCAUGGGAUGUGACUGUGUAGUACCAGGGAUGAAGAGAUAUGAUUAGUUCUGUCCAGAUAAAUAUGUACAGUUGUAAAAAAAAAAUGUCAAAUACGAGAUGAGUGAGUGAUGUACGAUAAUAUUGAUGCGUGUGUGCGUGGCCUGAAAUCUAUGGAAAAAUAACUGCGUCCAGUAAGUGUGAACUGAGCCUCAUCUUGACAUGUGUCAAUGUAGUUUGACAGGGAUAUUAAAUGGAAAUAAAUACAAAUAACACAACUGAUAACUAUACUUGGUCAGGUUCUAAGUCAACUAGAUAUAAUAAUCUUUGGACAUAGGGCUUCGAAAAUUCAUAAUAGCUUUAUUGGGACGUUGAGAAUAUCCUCUAGGCCACAGCGAAGCCGGUCUGUGUUGGUGUCACUGACCUCAUUAGAAAAUAGCGCAGCGCACCCAAAGUUCCACGCCAGACCUGCUGCUUCUGUAGUUAAAGUGGUUUGGCCUAAAGCUUCAACUCCAGUCCGUGCAGUCCGUUGAAGAGGGGAAACGUAAAGUACACAAUUUGCAGGAAGUCGCCGAUAAUCAAGAUUAAAGGGCAGGGCCGUUUAGAUUGCGCCGUGACAUACGUACCCUUUCGACUUCAGCUUCUUCAUUUUACCGUUUGAGGUCGAAGUUAUCAGCCUAGCAUCUCCGAAGGCGCUAGGCCCACGUCUCUGCGUUUUAAUCGGGAGAUCAGAUUUAUCAUCCAUUCCUGCUUUUCCGAAUACUUCCCAAAUACAAUAAUACAACAGCCUAAUAAGGCUUAAUUCUUCAUGAAAUCGUUUUGCUUUUCUGUUAUUUGUCGGACACAUCGAUACGCAUCGUUAGUCAUUGCUCAUAUGACUGAAAACCGUUCAGUAAAUAUUGCAUUAUUAAACUGAGCAAAAAUAAGACCAGGGAUACAACGAAAUAUCUCGGUACAGUGAAUUGUAUGGUUAUUAACGUUUUCUCGGGAUUCUGCUAAACUUCAUGAUUAGUCUAAACACUGUUGGUCACAAGUACGCAUAGACACUCAGUUUAUUCGUUCAGUUAUAGCCUACAAGUUUUUUUCCACAAAAACAUGAAUGAAUAAUGUAUUUAGUUUCCCUCUGGAGUUUUAAAGUAAUAUAAAAUAGUGUUAUUUUGCAUUUUAGAUGCACAUCAAUAUUUAACUAUCCAAAUUCAAAACUGACACAUUUUAAAUGAGAAAACUGUAACAUGAAAAUCCGUACGGAGUAGAGAAUACGGAGUCUAUUUACCCCAGGUUUUCGCAAAACAAUGUUUUCAGGUCAAGCAGCGGGAAUCGUCAACCCGGGGUUCCCUUCAUUACGCAAAAGCCACAGUGUACACUGGAGGCGCUCACGUCGCGAGUUUGAUUUUACUGCCAAUAUGUUUUACGCACGCGCUUCAAAACAAAGGCUUAAACAACUUAAUAAAACAACAUAAAAACGUUUUUGAACAGCAGUGCACGUUGAAUAAAUAAAGUUCACCUUAAUCGCUAUCCCGUCUUUUAACGGGUUGUAGCCACUGAAGUGUUGUUGGAGAGGCUGAAAGCUGUCAUUACUAUUACAGCAAUUUCUCUGAACACCGUAUAGCUGGAUGAUUGUUCUUGUGCGUAUACGGCUGCUACGCGCACACACAAGACGCGUGCAGGAGCCGCUCGAGAUGUUCCUUACAUUUCCAAGUGCAUUUUAGUUUCGGAGCGCACAAGAAUGUUGCUAUUCCAGGCUGGGAUAAGGCGAAGUAAAUCGGCUGUCAUUUGCUUUGUGGUAGGAUCUGUUGACAGUGUACGAUUUCAGCAAGUGACUGGCUCCUCCUCUUCGGUGAUGUAGUGAUAAGACGGAACCUCCUUAAUUACUAAUUUCACCAUCCCACGCCAAGCUCGCCUCUGUCCUAGAAGUUCCUUCAUGCAUGCAAUGUUCAGAUCGGAUCGCGUCUGACCUUUUAUUUUCCAAACGCAAAACCCAAGGCUGGUUGUGACUGCCCGGCAUGGGAGAUCAGAAAGAGCCGACAAUGGUGCACAAAUCCACUUCGUUUAGUAUCAAGAGUCUGCUGCUUCCUUCAAAAUGUGACAAACUGGGCUCGGGGGUUCCAGAGAAAAAUACUCUCCCUUCAGGGUCUGAUUCAGAGAAAUCCCUGGAUCCCACAGAAAUGGAAUCUACGCCGUUCAACCAGGAAAACCAAAAAGAGGGCGACGAGGGUAACGAGAGAGCGGCGGAGUCGAGCAAAAACGGAAAAUAUGACAAACCGCCGUUCAGCUACAAUGCCCUGAUCAUGAUGGCUAUUAGACAGAGUCCAGAGAAGAGACUUACUCUUAACGGCAUCUACGAGUUUAUCAUGAAGAACUUCCCUUACUACAGAGAGCACAAGCAAGGCUGGCAAAACUCAAUCCGGCACAACCUGAGCCUCAAUAAAUGUUUUGUGAAAGUGCCAAGGCAUUACGAUGAUCCAGGGAAGGGGAACUACUGGAUGUUGGAUCCCUCGAGCGACGAUGUCUUUAUCGGUGGGACUACAGGCAAACUUAGAAGGCGGUCGGCUACCUCCAGGGGCAAACUCGCAAUGAAGAGGGGGCUCCGCUUUGCGCCGUUAGGGCUGGGAUUUAACGACAGAGCGAGCAACCCUUUGUACUGGCAAAUUUCGCCAUUUUUGUCUUUACAUCACCCUCAUUACAACGGGUCUUCACCUGGAUUUCUGAAUCAAGGGCACACGUAUGGUUCACUACUUUCCGGAGUUGAGCAGUUGGGCAAUGGAGACCUCUCUCGCCCGAUUCUGGGAGGAUCUGCCGGGGGUAUUAACUUGACAAACGGUUACGGCGUGAGCACGUCUCCCGUUGGUUUAUUAUCGGGACAGACGGGCUAUUUCGUCUCGGGCUCCCAGCACACCCAGCCCCUCCAGCAAAGCGGCGCCGGAUUCGCAGUGCCCUCCAGCUCGCCCCACACGCUCAUUUCCGAAACACUGAGAACGUCAUUACCUUCCUUUACACCCGGCGUUACUAGUGGAUUCCCGGGAGUUUUGUCCCAUCAAAAGAGAGUCACUCCCGGUUCUUUCUUAAACUGACCACCCAUUCUCUACGACAGACGGUAGCAUACAUGCUCUUUUUCAUAUUAACCUUAAAUCGAGAAAAAUUAAAGUGAUGGCAAGUCAGUCAAUUUGGAAGACAGCCCUGCAACAACGCUGUUAUGGCCAUAGGCAUAUAUCCUGAAGUGCGAUGUUUUCUUCCAUCGAAAGGGACUAACUUUUAGUUAAUACAUUUUAUCUAUAGCCUUGCCAAAGGUAACAAUACAUGUUUCUGAUUAUUUAUAUCUUGUAUGAAUAAUUUGAAUGGUUUCCGUGGGUCGGUUAAUUUAUGUUUUAUAUUUAUUACAAAAACGUAUUUAAAUUUUAUUGUAUCGAUCAGUCUAAGGGUACAGCUACUUAAAUUAUUUAUGUGAGUAUGAAUCGUUUUGCGAUCAUUCAAUAUGGUAAAAGCGCCUUACAACUACAAAUCAGGGUUAUAGACAUGCACGAGGAGACGGACAGUCUACAUCAAAUUUGGAUCUGCUCAGGUUCUCCAUAUAGGCUUAAUCUAUAUAACAUACUGCUGUAAUGUAUAUAUAACCAACGGUCAGAAACCAUUUAAAGAUAGAGUUUCCGUUUUAUAACUGAUUUUACUUCUUUAAUUUUUGUUUGUUUUCGUGGAGAGCGUGAUUUUAGCAACAUGUAGAUGAGUGUCGAUAGUCACAGCGAUGCAUGGAUGUGGGCCUGUACUUAGUGGAAACGUCAAAUGACAAACGCUGUUGUGGUUUGGUCAUUUGCGCAUAUGCCGUUUCAUUUUCUGUCAUAUUGGUGUCCGAAAAAAAAUCGACGAGUGUUGUCUAAACCCUUGCAGCAUGGGUUAUUGGUAAAGAUGUUAGUACAGGACUUAAGUAAGAGAACCGUGAAAACAGGCUUUCACGUUAAUUUAAAUUUAUGUGUUUUUCGAUUAUCACAGACGGUUCACUAUUUUGGCUGUUACACGACCAAAGAUGGAGUCGUCUGUACAGAUAGUAUUGUUCAGCUCCUUUCCCCCACUUCGAAUUACAUUUCCCGAGUUUAAAUUAGAUGCCACUAGCUUAUUGGUAGAAGGAAGUCAAUCCAUGGCACAAUGCACAUCUUUAUUAUCUAUCUGAACUAUACCUUUAAGACGUUAACGUUUUCAUUACAGAAUGUCGUUUUCAUUUCAGAAACCUUUGUAUUUUACGUAAAGAAUUGAAUUAUGUGUAUAGGUUACGUUGUUAUUAAUUUUACGACAUGGCAUUAUUUCGACUGUCGACUUUCUUUUUUUAAUUUAAUUUCAACGUUUUGCACUUAUAGCUUCUAGAUUUAUUAAUGUAUGGACUUUGUAAUGUUUUGUUUUCGUUCAUGUAUGUUAAAAAAAGCAUCUAACUUGGUCAAAGUUAAUGAAAUGAAAUAUUAAAAAUUAUUUGUUUUAUCAA